CUCUCCGGACAUCUCCGGAACGAACGACAAAAGUGUGCGCGUCCGCGUCCUUCCCCCCGGCACGUGCACCCUGCACCCUGCGCACGGACGUUACGGACGAAACACGGGGCCCUCACCCUUCGUCGAUGCCCGUUGCUCCGCCAGCUCCGCUCGUCGCACGGUUAUGACGGUUCGAUCGCGCUGCGUAGUUGCGUGAAAACAAAACGAACGAGACGUAGACGGAUCGCGCAACGGUGGUGUAGCGUGCCGCUCCGCUUCUAGCUGGAUCGACCCUAUCGUUAAAUCACGAAUCCUCCAAUCGAACGGAUUUAACAAGCGCCUUGAACGAGUAAUUGAACCUUAGGCGUAAAAGGAACGGAGUCACGGGGAAUCCAGAUGAGAAUGGGAAUUGCCAAGGGGGAAUGAUAGGAUGCAAGAGGGUAAUACCGCCGUUGCGCUAGCGAUGGUGACCCCCGGAUACGAUCAAGACCCUGCGAGUGGGGUCGCCGAUUAUACGACUCAUCAGGAUCAGGCCCAAUUCGAAGCUGACAAGAGAGCCGUUUAUAAACAUCCGCUGUUCCCGCUGCUGGCGUUACUUUUCGAAAGAUGCGAACAAGCGACCCAGAGCUCGGACAACUCCACGUCCGAAAGCUUCAACAUGGACAUACAGGCUUUUGUCCAGCACCAAGAAAGAGACCGAAAGCCUUUCCUGAUCAAUGACCCCGAGAUUGACGGUUUGAUGAUCAAAGCGAUACAGGUGCUACGUAUUCACCUAUUGGAGCUGGAGAAGGUGCAAGAGUUGUGCAAGGACUUCUGCAACAGGUACAUCACGUGUCUGAAGGGCAAGAUGCAGAGCGAGAAUCUGUUACGCAGCGACUACAGCCACCACGGGCACGACAUGGGUCCGUCGAGUGGAAGCAACGGCAGCAGUCCGUUGCAGGUGCUGUCAUCUACAGGCAAUGAUGUUGAGUCGGGAGCUAACGGAUUCAGAGUGAGCCGUGGGGACGCCGUGGCGGAGAACGAUGGCGCGAAUUCGCACACGCGGGAAGAGAGCGUUAAUCACGAUCCACUUUCGUCGGUCCGACCGUCUUCCGCCGUCCAGCGCUCGGGCAAAUCCACUAGCCAGGACCACGACGAUCCGCUCUCACCGUCCACUAUACAUGGAAGCACGCCUCUCUCGCAAAUCGGGGCGCAUCCAUGCGCCCCGGUUAACGACAUGUAUCUCGGCCAAGAUGACAGUAGUGAGUAUCUGCAAACAAUUUCUGACAGAAUAUAUCUGGAAGAAGCCGGAUACUGGGGAUUAGUUGCGUUGCAAGAACGAAAAAACGUGGAAUACGCGGAUGCCGGGAAUGCUAAUGAUAAAAAGUAUUUCGACAUUACAGUCGCAGCUUCGCCUUCCCCUGCGGCGAGCGAAGAUGAGGAGGAGAGUGCCAGCAACGCGGCUUCGAAUCACGCUGGGAAUCAUAGAAAUAAUCACGGUAGCGCUAGAAAGGGACGUCAGAAACGGGGUGUCUUACCCAAACAGGCAACCAGCAUCAUGCGAACGUGGCUCUUUCAGCAUUUAGUACAUCCUUAUCCAACCGAAGACGAGAAGCGUCAGAUCGCCAGUCAGACAAAUUUAACGUUACUACAAGUGAACAAUUGGUUCAUCAACGCCCGUCGACGAAUCCUACAACCCAUGUUGGACGGCGCGGGCACUGACGCGACAUCGCGCGCAGGAAAACGUCACAAGACUUCGAAACAUGCAGUGCAGCAACAAGCGGUUCAGCAGCAUCAAGCGGGCUGGCAGUCCGAUGAUUCGGCGAGUGAUUCGGGUUCUAGCGACGGUGAGGGAGGUGCCGCUAGAUCGAAAGACGGUAACGAUAGCGAUGAGGAUGAUCUUCACUGACCUCUGUCGAUCACCGAAACGUCAACCUCUUUACGGUACCUUCAAAUCCAGUUGCUCAUUACAGUAUUAAGAUAUUCGGGAAUAGAUAUCGCUUUAACUGUCAAAUACGUAAUUAAUCUUGUGAAAGUUAAGAAUACGUGGAUAGAGGUUAUCACGCUCUCUGAUCAUUCGAUACUUUGGUAGUAUUCGUCAGCUACCCAACCGUUUGCUUUUUUAUGACAACUGAUUAGAUUUUUAAUCUCGGCUCACAUAUUAUCCACACGUUGUAAUGGACUCGGAGACGAGAACUGAGAUUGAAUAGGUACUAGAAAGAGCAGCUUACUUUUAAGUAUGUCUAAUUCGAACGAACAUACAUACGUUUGUAUUGUGUUAUUUGAGAAAUGUUAUUUAUUUUUCGAUGACAAAUUUUUAAGUAAACUGCGCACAAAUGGUGAAGAUAAAUCUGAGUUUUCUUUGGAAUCACGAUCUUUUGUUGGUUAUAAUUACAUUGCUUGUAACAAACGUAUGUUUCUGAUGAUUUAGCUUCUGUAUGAUGUCUAUUAUUUAUGACGCCUAUGGAUGCGUUCCACUUAAUGCUCGCAACGCUUAUGGAAUUGUUUUAUCCUUGUUGUUUAUCAAUUUAUCAAAUGUUAAACAAGGUCAAAUAAUGCUCACGAGCAUUGUAAGCGCCAAAUGAAACGCAUCUUAUGUAAUGUAUGUAAAAGAUAUAUUGUUUAAAAUAUAAUUACGUUAUAUAUAUAUAUAUAUAUAUGUGAGUGUGUGUGUAACGUGAUUAUAUUAUAACGAUUUGAUGAACAAAUAUUUCCCGAGGGAAGAAAUAUUUUUAUGAUAGCCAUUCAUCUUUUCCAUUGUUUCAAUGUACAUUUUUAAGCACGUAUUCUCUGAAACUGUAUAAAUUCGUUCUUUUGUAUAUUUUCGAUAUGAUACUAAUUGUCGAUCUUUUUCGUAUAUAACUUUGAUAUUUCAUUAGACAUAAUAAAACAAAAUAGAUAAAAUGAAAUUUUUUUGCUAGCUUUGCCAACAAUAUUAUGUUAUUACUGCUAUUGUUACGAUUAAUAUUGUUACCCAGAUACUACUACUAUCAUUACCAUGAUUAAUAUUAUUACUAUUACUCCUACUAUAUAUUAUUACUACUAUACUACUUCUAGUAAUAGUAUCACUAUUACUAUUGCUAUUCCUUCCAUUACCGCUAUCACUAUACUACUAUUUCUACUAUCAUUGUCAAUAUUAUUAUUGUUAACACUCCUAUUGUUAUCGCUCCUACUGCUAAAACUAUUACUAUUACUACUACUACUACUA